AAAAAACAAUUGAAUCAAAUUCAUCACAAAAAGACAAACGAAAUAAUUAGCGCAAAAUGCGUUGUACAGUGGUCGUGUCUCGUUUCGUUGUCGUCUUCUCCUUCCUGUUGAUUAUCGUCGCACAUUGCACAGCAGAUUUAAUCCCCAAACAAAAAGAUUCGAGCAGUUGUCCAGAAGGAUGUAUCUGCACCGGUGGUGGUGGUGGUGGUUUGCCCAGUAAUAAGCUGGAAUGUCGACGCUGUCGUCCAGGAUACCGCCAGUCAACAACAGUUAAAGGCCGGCCAAAGUGUAGUCAGCAGGAGGUCCAGCAAGACGGUCCACUCAUGUCGAUACCAUCGGUCGUCGAAGGUGAUGCUGUAACGAUAUCGGAGCGUUACUUUGUCGUCCUCGAUACGGCCGUCGACAAGGAAACAGUCGAGUACAUUCUAGCCCGUCCAACUACCAUGGGGUCCGUCCUGUUAUCCGGCAAAGUCCUGCAGAUCGGCGACGUCAUCACUCGAGCUGACGUGAUUCAAGGGAAACUGACCUUCAGAGCAGAUAAGGAAGUGGGCUGGUUGCCGGCCGAGGAUCGAUUAUACUGGAACGUUUCGGCAGCCAAGAGCGACGACAGCGAAGAGAAAAAUGGCAGAGGUCGCAACGUCCUGUUGAACGGCCGGGUGUUGGAUUCCAGCGGCAAAGUUCUCAGACGGACCGAGGACACCAUCAAACGGGCCAGAGACGAAAACGGAGCCAACGGACUGGCUCCGCUGCCCAGGGUUCCACUUCGACCCGAGGCCCUCAUGAUCGCCAUCGAGCCCCGCGACAAUCAGCUGCCGGAGGUCGUCGUCCACGGAGAAGUGACGGUCGAAGAAGGGGCCACCGAAAUCCUGUCGCCGGACAUCCUGAGCGUCAACGACAGCGAUACAAAACCCGACAACCUGGUCGUCGUCAUCGUCGACGGACCCAAGCACGGCUACCUGGAGGUUAGGGAUCGAUCAGGACAAAGGAAGGUGGUGACUGAAUUUCCAUUGUCAGCUCUACUGGAGGAACAACUUAGUUACGUCCAAAACGAUCACAAAGGCAGCGAGCCUCGCCAAGAUUCUUUUCGAUUCUACGUACGAGACACGUCAGACAAUCGGUCGCCACCCUCCCAACUGGACAUCGUCAUCGAGAACGUCAACGACGAGUCGCCGCAAAUCACGACGCGUCCGUUGCUCCUGUCGAUGGGCCAGGAUCGAGUGAUCCUGACUGGCGACCAUUUCGACGUCCAGGAUCAGGAUAGCGAACCCUCUGAUUUGCAGAUCACCUUGGUGGCCCAGCCGACCAACGGCCGGCUCCAGCGAUUCGACCCGCUGACCAACAGCGACCGGACGUUGCAAAAUGGUGAAACUUUUGACUACCAGGAGCUCCUGGACGGCAACAUCGCCUUCAUCUCAUCCGCCGAGGAGGCCCAGAUCGUCUUCCGGGUGACGGACGGUGACUCGUCAGCCGGCCAGGAAGUGACGCUCCGCUACGUCAACAAGCAGCAGGACGAGGAGCUUUUCGGCCGCAGCGGGGGCACAACGCCCUGCCUGAUGGAAUUCAACACGACCGAAUGGAAAUCCGGCGAGAAUUCCGGAGUAGCCGCCGUGACGGUGGUCCGCACCGGCGAUUUGUCCAUCACCUGCUCGGUCAUCUGUUCCACCGAGGCCCAAUCGGCCGACGAUUCCAAAGAUUUCGACUCCCGCCCAGUGGCCGAAUCGUCCAGGGUCUUUUUCCUGCGCGGAGUCACCGUCAUUUACUGCCCAGUUCAAAUUAAAGACGACAGUUUCUACGAAGGCGACGAGACUUUCCUGGCCAGGCUGAGUCACCCCCAAGUGGAACAGCUGGAAACGGGCGGCGGCCAGCAGACGGCCGAUCAGCCCAAAGUGGCCCAGGGCUCGUCGUCGUCAUCGGCUGUGAUCGGAUCGCGGAGUACAUUGGCCGUCCGCAUCCAGGACGAGGAAGACAUUACCCGGGUCCAGUUCAACCAGUCCGUCUACCGUCCAGGGACUCAACAGGACGCCGAUUCCGUCACUCUGCACGUGGAGAGGACGGGCGAUUUGCGAUUCGCCUCCAAGAUUUUCGUGUCCAGUUUGGACGGGAGCGCCAAGGAAGGCAAGGACUAUGUCCUGAAAGGCCGUCAGAGCCUGGAAUUUGGCCCUGGAGAGAAGUGGACGUCGUUCAGCGUGGCGUUUCUCAACGCCAAUCACAAAAAUACCUGGCCAAAGAGUUUCCAGAUCGCUCUCAGUCCCGAGGACAGCAUCAAUGCCCAGUUGGGGGCCGGUAAAUCGUCUGCCACCAUCCUGAUCCCGCCGACAGUCACUUCCGGGCCGGCUCUAUUGCCGGCCGAGCCCAUCGUCGUCUCUCUAAUGGACUACGAUCGACUGGGCGCGGAUCUUGACAAGCGACCGAUAUCAGUUCCGGCUGGAUAUCCGGUCGUUUGCGUCACGCCCUGCGACCCGAAAUAUCCGCUGUACAACAUCAGCACCCAGAGGCUCUGCCGCAACAUGGCCAUCGACGUCUCCAAGAUCCGCUUCUCCUGGGACAUUUCACCUCCAUCCAGCGGAAGCAGUAGCAGCAGUAGCCAGGAGCCGUUAAGUGACAGUACGGCCGGCCCGUUUUAUCGAUUGAGCGAACCGACGGCCUUCAGCGGAGUCGAAGAUCGGGUGCUGGACGCCGUCUUCUUCGGCCGUGACUUCAAAAUCCGCUGCGUGGCCCAGCCGGUACGAUUGGAUCCGGCCAUGAUGGUCGGGCCGGCCUCCAAGAGUCGACCCGUGAUGGUUUCGGGUCAGUCGGGACUCUGCCCGCCUUUCGCUCCCAACAGCCUGGCCUCCGACGAUCCGUCCGACGACCAGGUGAUGGUGGCCGGCCAGCAACCCUUCUCGGCCUCCCUGUCCUACGUCAACGCCAGCGAUCCGCAGCAUCCGGACACGAUGCGCAUCCAAGUCGUCGUGCCCCACUCGGACGGACUGAUGCCCAUCCUGUCGACCCAGCCGCUGCACGGCAUCCGGCAUGUCAUGAGCGAGCCGGCCUACCGCUCCCACCACCGCUGCUCCAAUCUCCACCCGGCCAUGGGAUUCCUGGACGGAAGCGAUCGAGACGAUCCGAAUUUGGCGCCCAAAUUGCCGUUUGAAUUCUCCAAAAGCAUCCGGCAAGAAUCGGCCGUCCGGCUCUACCGCCACCUGGAUUCCACCGGAUGCCUCUGGCAUUUCGAAGCCUGGUACACCAUGACGGAACUGGUCCAGCUCUGCGGCGGCCAAGUCACCUCCAAUUUCCAGGCGAUGAACCGCGGGCAAGUUCAAGUGACGGUCCGGGUGCCGCUGUACGUGACGUUGAUCAGCGCUUCGACGGGCGGCCACCAGAGCUGGACCAGUGUCGAGCAUCAGACGGAAAUGGAAUUCUCCUUCUCCUACGCAUCGGUCCUGCUGGGCCAGCGCGGAGUGGCCGAAACCAAGCUGGCCUUGGCCGUCCAGCCCCAUGUGACGCGAAUCCGGACCGAUCCCAACAACGGCCGCCUGGUGAUUGAAUUCCAAACGGAAACCCGCUUCGCCGGACGCUACCUGGAAGGCGGAAGUCGACUACUAAGUCCUCCGCACCACCACUUUGUGGCCGGCCAGUGGCUGGGCUUCGACCUGGAGCUGAUGUGGAGUCAGAUCUACCCGACGGGAGCCACUUUCCAAAAGUGGAGGGCCGUCUCCAAUUACACGCUACAGGACUACACGGGCAACUACACCCUGGUGCUGGCCCCUUGCCCGGCCUCGUCCGAUGCCCAGCAGCCGGCCAACAAAUUCGGUCGGCUAAUGAACAAUAAAAAAGAAGAUUGCCAAGCGGCCGACCCGUUCAACGUCACUCUGCCCAUCCAUUACCAGCAGCCAUUCCGGCCGGAACCCGUCCACUAUUCCCUAGAGACGACGUUCCAGUUGACGAACGACGUGCGGGCCUUCCUGAGAAAACCACGCAGCAUCGACGACAUUAAAGAUGCUGAAUUCGAAGGUUCGUUCCACAACGGAGAACGGGUUUACGGGCGCGUCCUUUGGCAUCCCAGCAACGAGCUCUCGCCCGGCUACCGCCUCUCCAUCGAGAAAUUGUACCUGUGCGCCGGCCGUGACGGCUACGUCCCGCUGUUCGAGCCCAAUGCCGAACGGCCCCAGUUCGGAUGCCUGGAGAACUCGCAGCGAUUGAAAUACCGACUACUUUUAUUGGAUCGUGAGGACCCGUACGGAAGUGACAAGGACGUCCAGGGUCUGUCCCUGGACGCCAAAUUCGCCAGUCAAGUCGACCAGCUACGCACCGGCAUGGCCCAUUUGCCCAGCAUGGACGGGUUCGUGUUCAGCGUCGAUCCAUUGUUCCAGCUGGAGCCUGGAAUUCGCUGGUUUCUCCAGGUCUCCUAUUCCGUUCAGCCGGUGAUUGGAAGCGGGUCCAUGUUCCGCUGGAAGCGCCAGGAAUCCGGAAGCCAACUGAAGGCCCGUCGAGGCACCAACAUGCGCUUCCUGCCGCUGGACUGGCCGCCGUCCGGCCACACUAAAAGCGGCAAGGCGAGCAACAGCCCCAACGGCGGCUCUGACGACGAGCCUCAGCCGUCGGCCGUCCUGGCCUCGACGCUCCUGCUCUCGGCCGGCCUCUUGGUCAUUCUAGUCAUGGCCGUUUUGAUUGUCUUCUCCGUGUAUUACCGACCGGCCCAAAAUAAGACAAAUCAAAAUCACAACAGGAGCAGCAGCAGCAGCAGCGACGACAUUAAAAACAUCCAGACGGGCAGCGGCAGCGGUAGUGGGCCGGCAGCCAUCAUAGGCGCGGGGGGAGUAGAAGCGGUGGCGGCGGAACCAUUUCCGGUAGAAGAAGAAGAAGAGGAAGACUCGGAAUCGACUCCGAUGAAAGCUCUCAAUAACAACGGACGGAUAGCCAGCACAUCUGGAUCCAUCAAGAUAACCCUGGUUUGAUAAUCAUUUGACACACAUUCACAUAUAAACACACACACACACACGUAAACAUUUAUAUAUAUAUAUAUACUGUAUACUAUACAAUGAAAUAUGAGAAAACACAAUUAUUUUUAAUCACCUCCCAAACCCCCCCCCCUCUUCCCCUUUUCUCCAGCAAAUGGAGAAUCAAAUAGGCGCACAGCAUUUUUUGAUAUGAACAAAAAUCAAUUUGUUUGACAUUAUCAUCAUUUUUGAAAAAAAAAAUUCCCGAAGGCCGUGAUUAUUAUUUUCUAAUGCGAUAUAUUCGUGAGCGCGCGCUUCAAUUGUUUGUUUUUCGGGGCCCGUUUGUGUGUGUACAAAUAAAAUGAAUUUUUUUUUUCACCCCCAAUUUUUUGUUUUAAAUUCCCCCCACUUUGAUUGCACAAUAACGAUUUACAAAUUUCAUCAUUGGAUUUUUGCAUCGAAAAUCUCUGCCGAUGUCGGAAUUUGAGAAGACAAAAUAAACAAUUCAACCAUU